AUGGCGCGCCAGAAACAAGCAGCGCCCAUCCAACGCGCCACGUCCUCGGAGCUGAUGCAUAUGCUUCCAGCCGAUUCACCUCAAAAACAGCAGAAUGGCGCGCAAGCAGCUGUCGCGAACCAAGGCGCGGAGGCAAACGAAGCCGCAGACGGUCCUGGUUUGCGGCAACUCCUGAUUGGUGUCGGGGGAAUCUAUGCCUCAUUUCUGCUCUGGGGCUACCUUCAAGAAGCGAUCACCACAGGCUCCUACCCUGAGCGCCCUCCUACGGCAGCCGACCCAAAACCGCCAACUGAGCGCUUCACAUACUCGAUCUUCUUGAACACCAUCCAGUCCAUCUUUUCCGCGGUCUCCGGCCUUCUAUACCUGUACUUCUCCACUUCCAAGGGCGAAAAGGUCCCUUCCGUCUUCCCGACACGCAAGAUUGUCUUCCCUCUCGUCCUCGUCAGUAUUUGCUCGUCUCUCGCCUCGCCAUUUGGAUAUGCAAGCCUCGCGCACAUCGACUAUCUCACCUUUAUCCUUGCCAAAUCAUGCAAGCUUCUCCCGGUCAUGUUCCUUCACCUGACCAUCUUCCGCAAAAGCUACCCGCUGUACAAGUACGGUGUCGUCUUUUUGGUCACACUCGGCGUUGCGACUUUCACCCUGCACCACCCCGGAACAAGCAAGAAGGUUGCUGCGUCCGCCGCCGCAGAUUCGGGCUCGUCGGCAUGGGGGAUCUUCCUACUCUCAAUCAACCUCCUGCUUGACGGACUCACCAACACCACGCAAGACCACAUCUUCAGCUCCCCGCACCUGUACACUCGCUUCACGGGCCCACAGAUGAUGGUUGCGCAGAACGUCCUCUCUACCGUCUUGACUUCGGUAUACCUCCUGGUCAUGCCCCAUCUUUCCUCAACGGGCAUUAUCCACGCAAUCCUGCCCUUUCCCAUCCCACCCUCAACCGAGAACGAACUAACAGCAGCUGUUUCGUUUCUGACCCGUCAUCCUGAGGUCCUCAAAAGCGUACUUGGGUUCUCCCUCGCCGGUGCCGUUGGGCAGGUAUUCAUCUUCUAUACCCUGUCUAACUUUUCGUCUCUGCUGUUGGUGACGGUGACCGUUACCCGCAAGAUGCUCACCAUGGUCGUGAGUGUUGUUGCGUUCGGCCACUCUCUGUCCCCUGGGCAGAUGCUGGGAAUUGGGCUUGUUUUUGGCGGCAUUGGCGCUGAGGCUGCUGUUCAGCGGCAGGAGAAAAAGGCUAAAGCGGCCAGGGCGAAGAAGUCAGAGUAA